AUGAUUAAUGUGAAAAGUUCAUUGCUGGAAGGCGCUGAAGUUGUCGUUGUAAGAGAUGGAGAUGAGGCGGAUAUCGAAUUGGAUGCAAACGAACAACACAGUAAAGAAUCGUUUACUGAUUUCUGCAAAAGACAAAUGAGAAAUGUUUUGUAUUUCUUAGUGGAAGAUUGGUGUCUGUCAGCGAUGCUUGGCAUUAUAACGGCCAUUUUAUCCGUUGUUAUGGAUAUUUGCAUCGAGAAAUUACAACAUUGCCAUGUGGCUUUCUACGAGACUCUUCGAAUACAUUGGCACCAUUAUUUGGCUUUGUUACAUUGGCUUUUACAUGUUGUUUUAUUGACAUUUCUUUCGGCUGCUGCUUGCUUAUGGAUUUCCAAGCAAGCUGUUGGUUCAGGCAUACCAGAAGUUAAAGUAAUAAUGCAUGGAUUUAAAAUGGAAAAUUAUCUUACUGUUCGGACACUCAUUGCAAAAAUGAUUGGAUUAACGUUAGCAAUUGGCAGUGGCCUACCAAUCGGAAAAGAAGGACCAUUUGUACAUAUGGGUGCAAUUGUAGCAACUAUUUUGAGUAAAGUAACUACCAGUUGCCAUUACACGGAAUUUUUUUCAAAUGAAGGUCGAGAAAUGGAAAUGCUUUCUUCCGGUUGUGCUGUUGGCAUUGCAUGUACAUUUUCAGCACCUGUAGGAGCGCAAUUGUUUUUCGAUUUGCGAAUUUUUUCGUCACUGCAGAACAAUCCGGUAAACAACUUAACAGAUUUUACAUUUCUCAGCAAAAAUUCUACUAUUUUGACUGUUAUAUGUCCAAUGUGGGGCGGUACCAGUAUAGUAGAUAAUGGGCUUAAUAGAUAA